CUCGAGUCAUCCAGUCAUAUAACGAAGGCUGUGCCAUGGGCGGUAUGGAGUUAAUUGGAACAAAGCUAGAUAGUUCAGGUCAAACGAGCAAUCAAAUACUACCGUUAAGUUGGCGCAUCUUGACAUGUGUGUAGGACUGACGUAUGUAACAGAGGCCUAGAAUGACGUCUCCGGUCCACUGUUAUGUAACUCAAAUCACCGGUUUCGAUAUUAAAUAGCAACAUAAAUCCGAAUUGUACUCCCAAAGGAUGGCCAGCGAUGGAGAUCCCUCUUAACUAUACAUCGUCUCUUCCUUCGGAUACUAACAUCCAUAAUGACAGGUUUAUUCACAUAUAGGGAAUUCUCCUUACGGGACACACCGCCGUUGGAUGGGAAGGUGGCUCUGGUAACAGGUGGUCACGGAGGCAUAGGAAGAGAGAUCACCGCCCAGCUCCUUAUUCAUGAUAUCGACAGAGUUUUGGUCCUCGGUCGGAACAGUGACAAAUUCCUAGCAGCCAAAGAAGAAUGGCAACGUCGUCAUAUCAACCUAGGGAAGGACGACAAAAGAGUCACUUUCAUCCAAUGUGAUUUGGGUGAUAUCUUUGCCAUGAAGGAAGCAGCUGAUCAGGUCAGAAGUAUAACACGACGACUAGAUAUCCUUAUUUGCAAUGGCGGUAUGACACCUGCUAUACCACCACUCUCCCCCCACCUUCACUUUCAUACUACAUCUUCAACGAACUAGCGGCAUUGAUCGAUCGUUCUUAAACACAUUCUAUAGGCCUUGGUGUCACAACCAACUACGAACGAUCACCC